AUGGCCACCGCUACCACAGCCCAGGACGUGGUGCAAUGUGACAUUUGCAAGAACAAUGUAGUACACUGUGAUGUAUGCUUUGUUAAACUGUGCAAAGUUUGUGUCGGAGAGCACUUCUCAAAAGAGCUCUCAAAAGCACACAAAAUUGUUGACUUCAAGGACAGGAAAUCCACUCUCAUCUUCCCUCAGUGUACCAAUCAUUCUGACAGCCUUUGCGAAUCUUUCUGCAAAGACUGUAAUAUUCCUCUUUGCCGUAGAUGUGUCAUUUCCAGUGACACACAUAGGAAUCAUCAGCUCUCUAUAAUAUCAGAUAUAUUCAGGUCAAGGAAGGAUGACAUUUAUAAAGAUUUUGAAGAGCUCAAAGAAACUAUUAUCCCUACUCACCAAUUCAUUGCCUCCAGUGUUCAUUUUCGGUUGAGGCAGCUAGAAAGCAUUUAUAAGAAUAUCAAAAGAGCCAUAAGAAAACAUGGAGAAGACUGGCACAAAGAGGUAGACAAAUGUGUAACUGAACUUAAUGCGUCAGUACAGGAGGUGGAAGCCACACAUAUCAAUGCUCUUAAAGAGCACCAAGAUGAUAUUACUAAAAGAUUAGGAAAAAUUCAAGAUGGCGUACAGCAAUGCAAAAAUUUAAUGGAGUCUAAUGAUAUCUCUCUCGCUGUCCGUUUAAAGGAUGAAAUAUGGAUAAGCAGAGAUAAAAUAAAAAUUUUUAACUGCGAUCAGGCUUCGCUUGUCAAGUCAAUCACCACCAAGACACCAGACAGCGUUGAAGAUGUAGUCGUGACAAAUGAUGGAAAACUGGCUUAUACUGUUUACACUGAUAAUAUCACAAAUAUUUAUAUUAAUAUGAAGAAUGGCGUAAGAGAUAGCGUAAGAGAAAAGGUGAUGACACGUCUUGAGAACUGGAGAUGUUGUGAUAUGUACAGUACCUCCUCUGGUGACCUCCUGGUUAUCAUGGAAUGUGUUAAUGAAAAACAGACAAAGGUUGUCAAAUAUGCUAACUCUGAUGUGAAACAAACUAUUCAAUUUGAUGAUGAAAAUGAACCUUGCAAAUACAUAAGUGAGAACAGAAACUUUGAUAUCUGCGUGGCUGACUGGGGAGCUGCAGCAAUAGUGGUGGUCAAUCAGGCCAGUAAACUAAGAUUUAGAUAUACUGAUAUAUUUCUGCUCUAA